AUGGCACCGAUUUGCCGCAUGGUGUGCUACAACUACACUCCAGGGGAAUAUUUGUUCAGAAUCUUCAGUCUUGUAAUUUUCUACUUGAUGACCUGCUCGCCGCGACCGCCCAAACCCCAGGCCACACUUCCUCUUCCACUCCGCGUACUCCUGGUUGUAGCCCCAGCUCGCCACAGGCAGGGAUCGGCGGCUCGCUGGCGUGGCGCGUGGCAGGGAGAGAAGGGGGGCAAGAUCGGCGAGGCAGAGUUCUUCCGGAAGGACGGCGUGGUGGGAGACAUGGACGGAUACCUCAACUACCUGUCCCUCGAGUAUGACUUCGUCUCGGACACCAAUCCUACUUGGUAA